AUGGGUACCCCUCGCAGCAGUGAGUUUCACCGUUUUCAGAGCAGGGGCCACUUUUCGGGGGAGAGCCCACGCUUCAACGCGGGGGCCGCUCGAAUGGCGCGCUUGGGUCAAAGAGCCCGGCGGCCCCCCCGUUCCCCAGAGGAGCGAGCGCAGGCCCCCUCCCCGCGAGCUGCGCCCCUCGCAGCAGCACCACAACUGCACACAAGGCGGGCACGGCGAGGAGAGCGCGGCGCUCGGCGGUCGGGCCCAAGGGCGCCCCUCGGAGGCGGCGAGCACCCCCGGCUCUCGCCCGAGCGCCCCGGGCCACUCCCGCUCCACGCGCAGGGCAGGGCGGGGGGCGCGUCCGUGUGGGGCGGCUCCGGCUCCCAGGGCUGCUCCUGGGCUCAGCCCCGACGUGAACUUUCGCCCGCGCCGCCUAGCGCUCCCCCGGCGCCCUGCAGCCGCCCCGCACCGGGCCUCGCCUCCCUCCGCGGCGCCGAGCGCGAGCCAACCAGCCCGCCGGGGGGCGUGGAGGAGCGAGGGCGGUGCGGAGGAGGAGCCCGGCUGGCCGCUCACCCCGCAGCACACCUGGAAGCAGCCCGGCAUUCUCUACCCCGGCCUCCUCCUCUUCGACGGCAGUUCGGGCGCAGCAGCAGCAGCAGCAGUUGGAGCAACCCCUGCCGGCCGCUCGCCCGCCCGCAGCUGCACUCUGCGUCGUCGACCAGGCGAGCCCCUUUUCUCGCCCCCUUCAUUGGCAGCCGACUCGGAGGCGCGCCUCGACGGGCGGCUCUCCUCCUCCUCCUCCUCCUCCUCACCCCGCUGCGGGGGACGCUCCAGCGGACAGCGGCACCUCCGCCAGCCCCCGGCCGGGCAUGGUCGGCUGCGCUCGGGGCCAAGCGGUGGAAAGGUAUCCUAUUAGCCAUGUGCCAUGCCUUGGAGAACACAACAGCGGCCUUGAGUGCAGGCCGCCCGGUGGCUGCCGCUGUCAUCUCUCACUUUAACGACUGUCCCGACGCCCACAGUCAGUUCUGCUUCCACGGCACUUGCCGGUUCUUGGUGCAAGAGGAGAAGCCCGCCUGCGUUUGUCAUUCUGGGUUUGUCGGGACACGCUGUGAACAUGCAGACCUCUUGGCGGUGGUUGCUGACACCCAGAAGAAGCAAACCAUCACUGCCUUGGUGGUGGUGUCGGUAAUCGCGUCUGUCGUCCUCAUCAUGAUCUGCGUCCUAAUACAUUGCUGCAGGAUAAGGAAACACUGUGAGUGGUGCAGGACUGUCAUUUGCAGACAGGAGAAGCCCAACGGACUCCUGAAGGGAGGGACGUCUUGCUGCCACUCGGAGACAGUUGUCUGAUGAAGACCAGGAUCUGCUGCGAUUCUUAUUGUUGUUUGUAGAUGGGACCACGGCAGCAUCCCGCCAGAGGCCUACGAUAUUCCAGAGCAAAAACACUUAAGGCGAACAAUAGUGCUUCUGGGGGUAGAUCAGUAUUGGCAAGCAGAUCGAUGCUUUUCUGGCUGCUCAUCUGUAUCCUCUUGGGCUUCUGGAACUUUGCCAAAGGGAAAGAAUCCAUCUGUCUGGGAUAAUGUGAUGCCACACACCAGACUAAUCAUACACGGAAGCUGCAUCAGCCAGGGAACUCAGACUUCGUAUAUGCAAAGAGUAGAGGCCGGCUAUCAGAGAACUGGACACCUUCAUGUUUACGUUGCCAUAAGAAAUGUGCAUGGAGGAGGUGAUCUGUACAAGGGAAGAAAAGUGUGUGGUUCAGGUUGGGGUCUUUCUGUUUCCAAGAACCUUCCUCCUUGCUUGAGACUUUACAGAACAUCCCUAGAGAUCAUGCAUUUGUUACAUAUUUGACUGAAAAGAAAUGAGCUACACGGAUCAUGUUGGAAUCCUCCACUUGAGGAGAUCAGCCUCCGAAUCUGCCUGCAAGUUCUUGUAUUUGCAUCCUGAAUCUUCAAGGUGAUGUUGUCCAAGUAACCACAUGGAGCUACCCCAAUUUAACAUCUCUGUUUUGAUAUUCUGCUGCUUUGGAGAAGAAAAUACCGUAGGGCAUAAAACUAUAACACUUCGAAUGGAACAAUGGCAAAAUAGCGGACACCUCUCUUCAUUUAGAUCUUUCAACUGUGUGUAAAGAUAGAAAACUGGCUAAAGAAUUUUCUGUUCUUCUGGCACCCCACCCCCAAAUCUGGACUUGGUUUAAAAAGGGCGGGGUGGUGGUGGUGGUAGAUACUCUGCUGUGUUUUCCCCAAAUAUUGGGGGUUUUUUUUUUGGUUUUUUUAAGGAAGCCACAGGGAGGCAUUUGUCAUGGCGAAAUGAAUAUGAAUGGGGAUACUGAAAGUGGUAGGUCAUUCUGUGUGCGUGUGCACACGAGCGUGUGAGCAAGCACCUGCCCCAAAGCCUCCUUGAAGUAGAUGUUGAUCCUCCUUAAAUCUGUUUGAGACCAUGUUCUUAAGUGCCACCCCAUCAUGGUUCUUGCUGCUUGUUCGAGAGUUCUGGGCCAUCUAAGAGGAUCUGAUGGAAAGAAUUGGGCUGCACUUGUUCUCUCCCAUAUGACACCCUGGAGUUUUCCCACCAGUCAUUUGUGUGUCUAGAAACAUUCCGUAGGAUUAGCUAAACCAUAAAGCAGUGUAGCUGUGUGCUGCUCUGUCUGGAAUAGGCCCCUCAGUUUAAUUCUAGGGCAUGUUUCCAAAGGUGGGGAGAGACCUGUGGAAGCACUGCCCUGCUGAUCCUGAGGAGAUGGCAUGGCACCCAGGUUUCUGGAUAUGCUGACCUCUGGAUCGGUGAGAUGCAAGAUAAGCGCAUGCAGCCAGCAAAAUACACUAUGUUUGGGGAAAUGGAGCGCUUUCCUUCCGUGCUUCUGGCUUACACAUGAUGACGAUGACGGCGCUUUGGAAGAGCCCAGUUCUCCAGAGCACUCUCUUCUAUCGCCCGCAUUCUCUGCAGCGAAAUGCAGCAUGACGUAAGAGAUCUAUUAAGGGAGCCAUUUUGCUACUUAUGCAAAAGAAACUAAUGAGAGGGGCAUUAAAAUAAUAAAAAGUCUUUGAUCUUUUUGCCUUUCCAAACAGGCAGAACAGUUAAAACUGAAUUGAAGAUAAGUGAUUUUGCUAAUUAAAAGCCACAGGAUUUCACUUUUGGCCUCCUUCAUAAAGCCUUUGCAUCUUCCCCUGGUUGAUCUUGCUAUGUGCUAAAGCCCUUAAUAAUGUCAUGAGCAUUGCUAUCAGAGUGCAUCUAAUGCAUUUUUCUAUAAAAUGAUAUUUCGGCUCUAAAAUUAGCAGGUAGGCUUGUGAUGGGUCCUUUUAAUAGAUUUGAUCUCUUUUACUGUCAGUCUUAACACACCUUUCUGACUUUCCUCAGGGAGGUUCUUUCUCUUAAAGACAAAUAAGGUUUUUAAUCUUCUCCCCAAACAUCUUUCCAUCCUAACUUGGUGACUCAUUAAACCAGGUGUCAGUGGUGAUGCAGAAAUUCGUGACCAAAUGCAUCAAGAUGUUUGCUCUGCUCAAUUCUUAAGGUCGCUUAAGGAAGGACAGCAGAUGGAGCAGAAGGGCUCCAGGGCAUCCUAGCUUUUCUCAUGUUCUGAUUCAAGGGGAAAGAUGUAAUUGAUUGAGCCCAAAGGAAUUAUGAGCCAUACCAAAAUGAUGGUUUAAAAUACUUUGUAUGUUGUACCAGAAUAAUUACCCUGUAAACAGAAAAAUUGUGGCCCUUUUCCUCUAAGUGAAGAAAGGAAUAAGAAAGCAAGGGUUUUUUUCCAGUUGCAAUCAGUUGUUAUUGUGCGAGUUCUGCUGAAGGUUUCCCUCAUUUCUGUGUCUCCAAAAUUGUGCCCUAUAAUGCUGUUGAGAAAUUGGGCAAUCUCUUAAUAAUUAGUCCUGCAGUGAUCCAAUACCACCUGCAUUUCCCUCACCAUUUGGAUCCUUCACCAGAAACACGGUCAAUGUUGUACCAGCUAGUUUUAAUAGAUAGAAAUGGUACAUCUUGCCGUUUUCAGAGUAGACCAGUUGACAAGGCAAAACAGGACCUCCCGUGAUGGUUGGUGCUCAUGUCCCACUUUAGACCCCAUCUUUGAUGGGAAAUGGACAUCAGUGGUAGGAGCCUCUUGGCGACUGUGUGCUGACCUCUAGUUCCACGUUAGCCCUCCUUCUUUUCAUAAUUAAGUUUACUGUUUAUAACCAACCUGAAAUUUAUUUUUAGCCCAGGUUUCACUUGUUUCUUCUGUAUAUGUUGCACUGAAAAAAAAGUUAAUAUUUAAUGUUUUAAUUUAUUGUGAGGUUAAAUUAAUUUGAUUUGUCAAAUGUGUAUGUGAUUGGCUGUUUUCCCUCUCUUAAUAUGCUGAAUUCUAGUUAUUUAAAUGAAUGAAAUACACUUUUUCAUAAUA